GCGACGGAGUGAGCCUACACCAACCCUCCCCUCUCCCCACUCCUCCCACUCUGCAGUCUGCGCUCCACGACCCCGGUGCUGGUGGGCUGUGGCGCCACUUCCUCCUCCGGCUUCGCCGCCCAGCUAACCGCCGCUGCUUACCCCAUAUAGUUAGCUCAAACUGCCAUUUCAAGUACUUCCCGCCCGGUCACCCUUGCCAUAAUUGAUGAGCCUUCUGUUCCUGUCUGGAACGUGCAUUUAAAAAUUGCUGGAGGAUUGUUGGAGUUCGAUUUCGUAGAAGGCCGGUGUGCGAUGGCUUCUUUGAUCAGCUCGUCGGCUUCAGUUCUUAGCCUGUCGUUCGUGAUCCUGUCGACCUUUCAAGGGGCGGUGGCCGGGAUCACGUUCACGUUCACGAACCGGUGCGGCGGCACGGUGUGGCCGGGGGUGCUGGCCAACUCGGGGAGCUCGCCGCUGCAGACGACGGGGUUCGCGCUGGGCGCGGGCGAGGAGCGGUCGCUGGCGGCGCCCGCGGGGUGGUCGGGCCGGUUCUGGGCGCGCACGGGCUGCGCCUUCGACGCGUCCGGCAAGGGGUCGUGCGCGACGGGGGACUGCGGGUCGGGCGAGGUGGAGUGCCGCGGCCGGGGCGCGGCGCCGCCGGCGACGCUGGCGGAGUUCACGCUGGGCGGCAGCGGGGGCAAGGACUACUACGACGUGAGCCUGGUGGACGGGUACAACCUGCCCAUGGUGGUGGAGGCGGCGGCGCCCGGGUGCCCCGUGACGGGGUGCCUGGUGGACCUCAACGAGCGGUGCCCCGCGGAGCUGCGCGCCGGGCAGGGCCCCGCGCAGGCGUGCCGCAGCGCGUGCGAGGCGUUCGGCCGCCCCGAGUACUGCUGCAGCGGCGACUACGGCAACCCGGACACGUGCCGCCCCUCCGUCUACUCGCAGAUGUUCAAGACGGCGUGCCCGCGCUCCUACAGCUACGCCUACGACGACGCCACCUCCACCUUCACCUGCACCGCCACCGACUACUCCAUCACCUUCUGCCCGCCGCGCGCCGGCACGCCCAACAGCCAGAAGGCGACCAAGGACCCCUCGCCGAGGCCCAACGACGUGCAGCUCGAGGGCGACUCCUGGCUGGCGAGCCUGGCGACCAGCGAGAUGGGCGGCGCGGCGUCGACGGCGGUGGCGUCGUUGCAGCUCCAGGCCGCGUUAGCCGCGGCCGCGGUCGUUGCCUUGCUGGUAUGACCGAAGGGGCUCGCAGCCCUCGCGUGGCGAGACAGCGGCUCUCGAUCGGCAGCGGGAGUGGGCGGAGUUGCUUUCGGAAUUCAAUACAGGAUUGGAGCAAGUAGGAUGAAGACGUGAAGCAUAUUCUUUUUAGCCUUUUGUCUUGUAGAUAGAGGAGUUGACGAGGUGGCAACUACAGCUUCUAGUGUUACUGUGACGGUGUCGGUCAACAAGCACGCUCUGCAUUAUUUUAUUCUCGAUCCCUUCAGCAACACACGUCACUCCAGUUCCUUUUUUUUUGUGUGUAUACAUUGUUUCUUUAUUUCCUUAUUCUUCUUCUAUCUCUUCUUGUCACAUGCAGCAUUCUAAGUAGAGAAGUAUAGUGAGAUUUAGCACACGUUCUCGCUAUGUCUUGAUUUUGUGUUUUACCUUUCUGAAAGUUUGAGAUAUGGACGACAGCAAUUCCUUUGGCAUUCCUUGA